ACGACGAUGCUCGACGUCGUAUGUUGCUGCGGGAGGUGAGGUUUGCACAAUUUGGCCACCGUCGAACUUGGGACGUGUCUGAUGCGGGAGAUGUCGAGGGCGUUUGAGGAAGUGAGUUCUUCGUUACUGCGAAUCGAGAGGGAUUAAGAGUGAGCAUCUGACGUGCCAAAUGGGGCCGACUGCGCAGGCGCUUGGUUCAGCUCUUCCCCAGAUUACGCGCACGGUUACUUGUUUCAAUCCUACAUCUGGGAAGAAAUUCGGGAAUUCUUUCAGGCCUUGUGAAUUGCUGCGGCGACCUUCAGCGGUCCACAUCCGUUUCCUUCGGCAAUCUGUGGGAAGGAGAAAGCCCGCGAUUGUGGUCAGGUGUGAGCGUAAUUCGGGGGAGACCGAAGAGAAAUCUUCAGAUGAGGACAAGCCUUUUUUUUUAUCGGCCGACUUUUGGUUGCAAGUCGCAAUUUUUCUCUUUGCUGCCGGCUUUGUUGACGCAGGGUUCAGUGGAGAUUGGUCACGAAUAGGAGUGUUGACGAAGGAAACAGAGGGAGAGCUGCAAAUGGCAGCAAUUGGUGUUGUUCCCCUCGCCGGUACUUUGAUUUGGUCAAUAAGUCAGCGGAGAAAGCUCUGAAGGAUGAUCAGCUUCAAACAGAGAAGCCAGAGACCAAUUGUGGUGAUGCAAUUAUAAGGCUUUCUGUAUCCAAUUUUCAUCCUCUUAGAUCUCAGUCGUUCGCCGAAUGCUAGUGUCAAUGACGCUUACAAGUCCUCUGAAUCCAGUGCCUUCGAGAUGAGGGAAUCUUCCCUUGACUUCAAGCGAAAAGACUUUGAAUUUCCGUCCUUGCUUCAUUUGAGGAUUCAGAGGUAGAGAUUCAAAGCAGCAGGUCAUCGAUGGCAAUGAUACUUCCAGUAGUACAUAUUUAAUAUAGACGUUUGGACUGCAUCAACAUUCAGCCAGAAUGGGAAGAAAUGAAGUACGACAUGAGAACUCCGAACUCUGUUGAACUUCGCAGAUAGUUGAUGGAUCAGGUCAGCAGUUUCGAGGAUGGGGUGUGUCUGACAGCUACGAAAAGGAUCCCUUUUUUUUUCUAAGGAAGAGAUGGCAAUGUACAUGCAGGGUGACAUCUGCCAGUAGUAGAUGUGGAAUGGGCAACUAUUUGUAUGGAAUGCCGUGGAAUUGAAUAGAUAUAGCGAGGAUCUAGCAAACAUAGAGUCUUGUCCUCAAGUUUUUCAGAUGAGUGGUGCUUGUGGAGAAGGUUCUGAGUAACGUGCAAAUUGAUUUCGC